UGCAGUUUAUUCUCCUGCGCGGCUCGGGUGGAGUCAGUGACGCCUCUUUAAGCGCCGCUGCUAUUGAGCAUUCAGUGCGGUAGCUGACUACCAUGGAAGUACAAUUCGCUCCCUUAAGACCUUGGGAUGAUUUCAUUUUGGGUUCUGCCCGUUUCGCCCAGCCGGAUUUUCGAGAUUUAGCAAAAUGGAACAAUCGAGUGAUCAGCAAUCUGCUGUAUUACCAGAGUAACUACUUGGUCAUGGCUGUCUGCAUCUUUGUACUGAUCGGGUUUUUGAGCCCCUUGGAGAUCAUCCUUGGAGGAGCAGUGGUGGUGCUGAUAUUCAUGGGUUCCAUGUGGGCUUCUGAAAAUAAAGCAGCAAUUGGUCAUUUCAAGCGUCGGUACCCAACAACGUUUGUCUUGAGUAUCUUGCUGAUGAGCUACUUUUUCAUUUCCAUUGUCGGGGGAGUGAUGGUUUUCUUGUUUGGAAUCACUUUACCGUUGCUUUUGAUGUUUAUACAUGCUUCUCUGCGGCUUCGUAACUUGAAGAACAAGAUUGAAAACAAGAUGGAAGAGGUUGGAUUGAAGAAGAGUCCCAUGGGUAUCUUUCUGAAUGCACUUGGUCAGGAACAGGAGCAUCUCUCUAAAUUUGCAGACAUAUUGGCAGCUCAAAGUAAAGACAAAUAAGGAACAGAUUAAUUAUUUUGCAUCUUUAACUUUUGUAUAUGUUGUGCAGUAUUCCUGGAAUAACCUUUUGCAAUGUGCAUACACAUUGAUGUGAUGCUCAAUUGUCAGGAAUUCCACAGUUAAAAACGUGUGUUUCUUUUUGUUUAUUUGCAGAGUGAACUGUACUGUAGAAACAAACACUUUGAUAUUGUGCCGGACAUGCGUUUUUUGGCUUUAUGUAGUUCAAAGUUUUUUUUUGUUAAUUAACUGAUAACUAACAUGCCACUAUUACAAUGGUUCAUCUGGAUGACAAGUAUAUGUGAACACUUCUUUUGUUGUGGUGUUGAGCUUGAUUCUGUUAAUUAGUUAAAGUUACUGUUUUUCAGAGUUUAAGGAUACGUUUUGUUCAUGGGUAUUUAAGAAUCAGGAUAUAUAAGCCUGAAUAGAUGGUGAAAUAUGGAAGCAUUGUAUGACCUCUUCACAAGUUUCCAGUUGCCAUUUCUAAUGUAGAAAGUUCCGCAUUCUUAUGUUUGGUAUGAUCUUGCCUUUAGAAUAUAAACGUUUUUGUAUUUGGUUUUUUUUUGACUUAUAGCUAUAUGAUAAAUUAUUUCAUCUUUAAAAUGUGUAUUCGGUUGACUUUGAGGCCUGCCAUUAACUGUAAUAGCACAAAUCACUGCAAAACUGGAUUCACUAUUAGAAGAAACCUCGGAAGCCACACUACCAGGGACAAUGUCAAGCAUAUGCAAUCUUGCCUACUUUUACUAAAUCUGAGCCUGGGGAAAAAUGGAUUUAAGAAAAACAUGUCUUUGGGGAGUUCAGCUCAUUUACUAAAGCAGCUGUUGCAGUUGCACAACUAUUUUACAGCUGCUAGGAUAUUUGGCAAACAGUUGUAUCUGAUAUUUAACUCUGCAGAACCAAAGAUAUGCAACAUCUCUUGCAUGCAAUAAAGGCUACUUUAAAUUGUUCGUGUUGCAUUCUAAUUUUUUAAUAAAACUGCUGUCAUUUACAAAAAAAAAUUCACCACCAAUUGGAACUGUAUAUAUUUAUCUCAGAUGAGCUAGACAGCAUUUAUCGAUUCAUAACAUGCCUCCGUUUUGUUCUUUUAACUACUACAAUUGUGACAGAUGUUUAUAUCUCUGUACGAUAAUUUUACUGUUAAUACAUCCAUCCCAAUUGUUAUGGCAAGACUGGAUGACUUCUAUCUGUGUAAUUUCCUAUGUACUUUAAGAGGAUUCAAAGCUGCUAAUACACUAACACUUGAACAGCA